AGCUGAUCACUUUGACAAACAUUCGAGUGAACUUCACACACCUCUUCACACUCGGCGACACGCUGCUGUCCCGUAGACGCAGGAACCCCCAGGAGAAGUAUUACUACUCACUUUACAACAUGGUGGUUCAGGGAAGCUGCUUCUGUAAUGGACACGCCAGCCAGUGUGUUCCAGUGGACGCAGGACGAGGGGAUGUCUUCAAGCAGCCUGGCAUGGUUCAUGGUCGAUGUGUUUGUCAGCACAACACAGCUGGAGAGAACUGUGAGCGGUGUCAGGAGUUUCACAAUGACUCCCCGUGGAGGCCCGGAGAACAAAACACACACAACAUCUGCAYACGGUGUAACUGUCAUGGCCACUCAGACUCGUGUCACUUCGAUGCAGCUCGAUACGAAGCAACCGGUGGUGUGAGUGGCGGUGUGUGUGAGGACUGCCGCCAUGACAGAACGGGGCCCCAGUGUGAACGGUGUCAACCUUUCCUAUAUCAGGACCCACGGCGAGCACUGGACGACCCUCACGCCUGCAAACCAUGUGAUUGCGACCCAGCUGGUUCUCUUAGUGGUGGUCUGUGUGACGUGCUGAGCGGUCAAUGCUUCUGCAAAGAAAACGUGGAAGGUCAGCGCUGUGAUAGUUGCAAACGGGGCUUCUUUGGUCUGAGGCAGGACAGCCCAACAGGAUGUCAAGAGUGCAUGUGUCACAGUUUAGGAAGUGUUGGGUCAUGUGAUCCACUGACAGGAAGGUGUGAAUGUGAGCCUUUAGCGAGUGGACUGCUGUGUGAUCAAUGUGUGGCAGGGUUCUGGGGUUUGGGAAACUCAGUGUUCAAAUGUUCUCCUUGUGACUGUGACAUCGGUGGAGCUCUCAACAACAUGUGUUCUCCAGAGGUCGGACAGUGUCAGUGUUUACCCAACAUGAUCGGUCGGCGCUGCUCUGACCCGGCUCCUGGACAUUUUCUGCCAUCACUGAACUACUUCCUGUAUGAGGCGGAGCUUGCUUCCCCACUGUCAGGAGGAAUCUCCUCUUCUCCUCCUCCCCCUCCUUCAUCCCCGCCUUCUCCCCUGGUUAAUCCAGCCCUUUUACCUCCAUGUGAGCAUUACUUCAGAAGCCAAGGCUUUGACUUUAAACUCUCCAAUGGAAGGGUGGUUUUGGUUCGAAGGACUCGUCACAUCAGUCAUGGAAGGAGACUGGUAAAGAAUGGAAUCCCUCUUGACCCGGGCCAUGCCCUGCAGAUCAUUCCCCGUCAGAGCUUAGCUGAUCAGCCAGAAACCUGGACUGGCCUUGGAUUUGUCAGAGUGAUGGAAGGGGCGGGGCUUAUAUUCACUGUGGAUAACCUGCCAUCGUCGAUGGAGUACCAGCUGGUGAUCCACUAUGAACCCCAGGGUCUUUCUGAUUGGCUGGCUACUGUUCGCAUUGUCACUCUGUCUUCAGGUGAUGGAGGCUGCAGUGACAACCCAACAGGAAGGAAAACACUGACUCUCCCUGGGACAUCCAGAUUAAGUAUUCUGGACUCUGGGGUUUGUCUGAAUGCAGGAGGUCAAUAUUUGGUGGAGAUUAUCUUUCAUAAACAGCCAGGACCUGAUAAUUUGCCCAUUCUGGUGGACUUGAUGGGACUGGUCCAGAGAACUGAGUCAGUUCAGGACUUCUGCUCUCACAGGGAUCUGGACUCUUUCCACCAUUUCCACUGUGUUGGAUUGACUGUCAGUCCUGGUUCUCAGGAGUCACCUGUAAAACUCUGUCAGGGUCUAAUCCAGAGUCUGUCAGCACGGAUCCACAAUGGAGCCAUUGCUUGCAGAUGCAACGUCCUUGGUUCUGUUGGACCAGCCUGCAGGAAGCUGGGAGGGUUCUGURACUGUAAACCUAACGUGAUUGGUCGCUGCUGUGAUUCCUGUGCUCCGCUGACGUUUGGAUUUGGACCUGAAGGAUGUAAAAGAUGUGAAUGUGAUCCUCGAGGCUCGACGUCAGAUCUGUGUGAUCAGCUCAGUGGUCAGUGUGCAUGUCAGUCACACGUAACGGGCCAACGCUGUGAUCGCUGUCAGCCCGGGUUCUGGGGGUUCCCAAGGUGUCGACCAUGUGAAUGUAACAACCUGUCAGAAACAUGUGAUGAGACGGGACAGUGUCAAAACUGCAGGGAGCACGCCACUGGACCACACUGUGAUAGGUGCGAGAAUGGUUACUACGGUGAUCCGGUCACCAGACAGCCUUGUCAGCCCUGCCUGUGCCCAGACGAUGUCARCAGUGGGCGAUUCUUUGCUGCUUCCUGUCACCAUGACGUACAAUCCCUCAGAGUGACGUGYCACUGCUGGGAGGGCCACACAGGUGCACGCUGCAACAGAUGCAGACCUGGUUUCUAUGCUGACCUGACCCUGGCAGGUGCUCAUUGUGAGGCCUGUCCCUGCAACAACAACAUCCACMCGGACGAUGAUGAAGCCUGUGACAGCUCGACCGGAGAGUGUCUGCGCUGCCUUUACAACACAGUGGGACCGCAGUGCCAACACUGCAAACCUGGUUAUUAUGGCAACGCUUUGCAGCAGGAUUGUAAAGAAUGCUCUUGUGACCGGCGGGGAACUGAGCCGACUCGGUGUCCUCUGGAGGGUCCUUGCUUCUGCAGUUCAGAAACUGGACAAUGUCCCUGCAGGACAGGGGUGAGGGGAGACCUCUGUGAUGAGUGUGAGGACGAAUUCUGGGACAUGGACGGAGUGUCGGGAUGUGAGCCCUGCAGCUGUGAUCCUGUUAACUCCAUCUCCAACAUAUGCAAUAAGGUGACGGGACAGUGUUCAUGUCGUCCUGAGUUCGGAGGAAGACGAUGCGAUGAAUGUGGAGAAAACCAUUUUGGAAAUCCAGACCUGCAGUGCAUCUCCUGUGACUGUAACYUGGAAGGAGCUGCACGACCAUCAUGUGACCCUGAAACCGGCGAGUGCAUUUGUCGUGUUGGAGUCUCUGGUACCUUCUGUGAUGAGUGUGCAGCGGGUCACUCCACGUUUCCAAUCUGCAAGAAGUGCCACCCGUGCACUGCCCUGUGGACUGAAAACAUCACCCAUGUCCAGAAAGCAGCCCAGAGGAUGAGGACUUUCAUCCCUCGCCUUGGCAACAACCAGCACUUCAUUGACAGUCGCCACUGGCAACAGAUGCUGGACCUGCACUCCGAGCUGGGCAACCUCGGCAAUCUGACGAGUCUUUCUCUGCCGAAGUUGGAGAAAAUGGAGGAAGUUUUCCUGAAGAUCAGAAAGCUGAAAGAUGCUGUCGACACUAACACAAUUCUGAUUGACCCGUCUCUGCUGCUCCACACUGAAAUGGACAACAUUUAUCUAGAGUUUCAGAAAAUUCUAAAAAUCCUAAAGGAGAAAAGCAUCAAGGAUCCAAGCAUGAUAGAAAAGCCUCCAGUAGAAGAGCUGCAGAAUGAGAUCCAGAAGCUUCAUAAAGACUUUAUGUCUGAYGAGAAGAGGCUAAGAAGCUCCACCAGAGCUGUAGAAGACUCCAUGGACACCAGACAGGAAGCUAAACACAAACUGGAGAUUUGCAAAUGCAGUGGAGACCUGGCAAAGCUGGAGAAGAAGGUCAAACAGUUCAGUGUGCUCAAACUCAACCAAAAGAUCUGUGGAGGACCAGAUCUGGAAGACUGUUCAAAAUGUGGUGGAGGUCCRCUCUGCGUUGGAGUUGUUCCUGGAGCUCAGAAAGCAUCAGAGAUGGCAGAGGAAAUAAAGCAGCAGCUCGUCAAACUCCCGUCCAAACUGCAGCAGUCCAAGAAAAAGAUCAGUGAAGUCCAGCAGCUGUCUCAGGACACCAAGGAUCAGGCCAAAGACCUGCAGCACCGAAUCACCACUACCUCUGGGUCUUUGGAGGCAGAGAAAACUAAAACCAGGGAGCUGCUCCAGMGAGUCAAGCACUACCUGAUGGAUGAAAUGGUUCCUCCAGAUGACAUCGAGAAAAUGGCCAAAACUGUUCUGAGAAUCCAGUUGCCUGCUGAUAUUCACUCAGUGAUCAACAACAUCAAUAAUCUGAUCAAUAAUCCCACCAGAUUGCAGGAYGACACAAAGAAGCUGGAAGAGGAAGCUGCUCAAGAGCUGCUGCAGAAAGCUGAAGAAGUGAAGGAGAAGAGUAAAAGUAUUGACGUGGACGAGGUCAGCAGAGACAUUUCUGCAGCAAACAGAGCUGUAACGGAAGCUAAAGACAACCUGACAGCAGCUGAACAGGACAGAGACCAGGCCCAAGACCAAAUCACAGAUGUUGAAGAGAAACUGGACCUCAUGGAGAAAAAACUGCCGAAGCAGCCUGAAGAUCUGCUGAAAGACAUCGAAAGUCUGAGAAAUAAAACUGAACUGAACAGAGAGACGGCCAGAGAGUCCAGGGAGGCAGCAGGCUUUGCUAAAAACAUGACUGACCAAAUGGAUCUGCAGGACGUCGUGACCCAGUUUGAGGUUUUAAAAGAAAAACACACAAAUCACACAUCUGAGAACGAAGCUGCAGAUCAAGUGAAGCGGAUCUUGAAGGAGGCUGAAGAACUGCAGAGACAAGUGGAGGAGAAACUCCAACAGAUGACAGGUUUGGAGAAGCAGAUCCAGCAGCAGCUGGAGCUGAAGAAGCAGAAAGCAGCAGAAGUGUCUGAGUUGCUGGAGAUGGUGGAGUCACUGAGGAAGGAAAUAAUCUCUCGAGCUGAUGGAUACAUCACCUGUACCUCUUAAAUAAUAAAGACACCUGAAAACUCCGA